UCUCCUCACACAAUAAGCACACCCCCCCUCUCUAUCUCUCUCUUUCUCAUGGACUCUUCUCGUCGCUCCUCCGUGAUCAUAAUCGGCGCAGGAGUCUCCGGCCUAUCGGCGGCGAAGCUGUUGAUCGAGAAAGGCGUAGAGGACGUGGUGAUUCUCGAAGCUUCGGACCGCAUCGGCGGUAGGAUCAGGAAACAAGAGUUCGGAGGCUUGUCGGUGGAGCUCGGCGCCGGUUGGAUCGUCGGAGUCGGCGGAGAACAGCUUAAUCCGGUUUGGGAGCUGGCCGAGAAAACGAACCUCCGGACUUGCUUCUCCGAUUACAGUAAUGCUCGCUUCAACAUCUACGAUCGCAGCGGGAAUCUAAUCCCGAGUGGACUCGCAGCAGACUCUUAUAAGAAGGCGGUGGAGUCAGCCAUGGAGAAGCUGAGGGAGCUGGAAGCUGACGCUUGCUACGGCGGCGACGUCUCCAAAGUUCCCGAACCGCCUUCGUGCGGAUUUUCCAGCACGCAGAAAACGCCGAUAGAGCUGGCGAUUGAUUUCACUCUACACGAUUUCGAGAUGGCAGAAGUUGAACCCAUAGCAACGUAUAACGAUUUCGGAGAACAGGAAUUUUUAGUUGCAGAUGAAAGAGGGUACGAGCAUUUGCUAUAUAAAAUGGCUGAUGAUUUUCUUUUUACCUCUGAGGGUAAAAUCUUGGACAGUCGUCUCAGUCUCAAUAAGGUUGUUCGGGAAUUGAAGCACUCGAGGGACGGCGUUACCGUAAUGACGGAGGAUGGUUGCGUCUAUCAAGCAAAUUACGUGAUUUUGUCAGCUAGCAUCGGAGUCCUCCAAAGCAAUCUCAUUUCCUUCAGUCCACCCUUGCCUAGGUGGAAAACUGAGGCCAUAGAGAAAUUGGAUGUGAUGGUAUAUACGAAGAUCUUUCUCAAGUUCCCUCAUAAGUUCUGGCCAUGUGGUCCUGGGAAAGAGUUCUUCAUCUAUGCCCAUGAGCGGAGAGGCUACUACACAUUUUGGCAGCACAUGGAAAAUGCAUAUCCUGGGUCCAAUAUCCUGGUCGUGACAUUGACAAAUGGGGAAUCAAAGCGUGUGGAAGCUCAGACUGACGAGGAGACGGUGAAAGAAGCCAUGGGGGUUCUUAGGGACAUGUUUGGACCCAACAUUCCUGAAGCUACUGAUAUACUCGUACCCCGCUGGUGGAACAAUAGGUUCCAGCGUGGCAGCUAUAGCAACUACCCAAUAAUCUCUAAUCAUCAAGUUGUUCGUGAUAUCAAGGCCCCAGUAGGUUGCAUCUUCUUCACUGGAGAACACACGAGCGAAAAAUAUAGUGGCUAUGUUCAUGGUGCAUACCUUACUGGGAUUGACACUGCAAAUGCGCUGCUUGAAGAAAUGGGUAGGCAGGAGGAAAGGAGUAGCGAGAAUAAAACGUCGUUGUCAGAACCCUUGCUAGCAUUGACUAGUUCACUAAUUUUGACACAGAAAGAUGCUGUAUCGAGUCUAAAAUGCGAUGUCCCUACACACUUAUAUCUUGGUGCCAAACACCCCAAACUAUAUUAUGACUACUAGACUAUUGGUUAGUUUGUUA